CAUAUCGACUGACGUCUCAAAAUGAGUGAACAAGAAGAAUCUUCCGCUUCAUUAAACUCUCGCAGACGUGAGAUGGAGAAAAAGAUGAGUGACAAGGCUUCUGCGGUCCUAACUGAGUUCCGUCUGGGGGGAAAACUGUGUGACGUGGUGAUGAAAGUGGGCGACACUGAGUUCAAUGCCCACAAGAUCAUCCUCUGUAGCUGCAGCUCGUACUUUCGAGCUCUCUUCACCGGUGCCUGGGCGACCUCAAACAAGCAGAUAUAUACCAUCCCUGGGGUGACGCCCGAAAUGAUGCAGCUCAUCAUCAACUACGCCUACACCCGCUCUGUUACUGUGACAGAGGAUAACGUGUUGGAGGUUUUAGCGACUGCAGAUCAGUUCUUGGUCCCGGGGAUCAUUCACACCUGCUGCCUGUUCCUGGAGGAGCAGCUGUGCCCGAAGAACUGCAUCGGCAUCUGGAGGCUGGUGGACUUCUACCACUGCCCUGAGCUGAAGGAGAAAGUCUUCCUCUACAUCCUGCACCGCUUCGAGGAGAUAGUUUGUGUCUCACAGGAGCUCCUGGACCUCUCUGUGCGGCAGCUGGGUGCUAUCGUUGAGAACGAUCACCUCAACGUGAAAGGAGAAAACACAGUGUUUGAGGCCGUUCUCGGCUGGAUUAACCACCUGCCUGAACAAAGACGAUUGUACAUCUCUGUGCUGUUGCGCAAGGUGCGGCUAGGCUUGAUGACCCCUAGUUACCUCCAAAACAACGUGGUAGACAACGCUGUGAUAAAGGACUGCGUCGAGUGCACAUCCAUCAUCAAUGAUGCAGUGACGGCAUGUAUGGAUUUUAGGGCCAGUGGACGCUCAAAAUCUGUCUACAGUAACCUGCUGACCCGCCCACGCUUGCCGUCUGUCAUUUUACUGGUCACCGGAAGUGUUGAUGCCAGAUGUGCUCCGAACUGCAUGGAGGCGUAUGAUGCCCGAGCUGACUCCUGGGUCACCGUGAACACCGAGCAGAUUUGGCGCACUCACCACGGCGCCGCCGUCCUCAACAAUGUUGUGUACUUAAUCGGUGGCUGCAGCCACGAAGUUUACUUCAGGACGGUGCAAAAGUUUGACCUCGUCACCCGCACGUGGCACCAGGUGGCGCCCAUGUACUCCCACCGCUGCUAUAUCAGCGUAGCUGUGCUGAACGGGUGCAUUUAUGCCAUUGGAGGCUUCAAUGGACACACCUACUAUAAGACUGUCGAGUGCUACAAGCCCGAGACUGACCAGUGGAACAUGAUUGCACCUAUGACUACAAAGAGGUGUGGGGCCAGUGCCACAACUCUGAAUGGAAAGGUGUACGUUUGUGGGGGUUUCAAUGGGCGUCACAGCCUCUCCACAGCUGAAUGCUACGACCCGAACACCAACCAGUGGACCAUGAUCGCCCCCAUGAGGAGCUGCCGCAGUGGCCUGGGUGUCGCUGCCUACAGAGGCCGUAUCUAUGCAGUUGGUGGCACCAUUGGCAACAACUCCCACCUGCGCAGCGCUGAGGCCUACAACCUCCAGACCGACAGGUGGAGCAACGUGCCCUCCAUGUACAGCCCCCGCAGCUACUUCGGCAUUGAGGUGGUGGACGACCAGCUGUUUGUGGUCGGAGGACACAACGGCUCCACCACUCUGUUAGCUGUGGAGCGCUACGACGAGGAGGCCGGUAUGUGGUACAGUGCCUCUGAUACCGUGAUGCCCCGCAGCGGACUGAGCUGUUGUGUGCUGCACGGACUCUACAGCGUGGUGGAGGACUUGUUCCCUCGUGGUCCCCUGACAGAGGAGGACCCUCAACUUUGUUAA